AUGACUGAACUUGGGACUUCUCCGACAGAUUCUACUUCUUCCAUCGAAGUGAACGACGCCCUGUUCUGCGAACAUGGACUUGAAGUUUGUACUAAAUGCGCUUUUGAUGCCAGGGAAGAUAACGAUGCUAUGAUGGGACUUGAUCCAGCACCUCGUGCCCCACUUGAGAUGCCCGCUUAUUAUCGCUCAAACAAGGAUCACUCGAUCAUGUGCAAAGCCCAUGCGAGUUCUAACUGCAAGUCAUGCUUCGGAUGGAAGAAACAGAUUGUCAAGCUUCAUAAAGAAGGCAAAAAGUCGUCGAAGAAUAAGAACAAUGGAGGAAGUAACUUCUGA